AUGUCCCUGAAGGUCCCGAAAGUUCCUGGGCUGGUGGUUCUGAUGGUUCUACUGAUGCUGCUCAGCAAUCCUGUGACCCAAGGCAAGACCACUCCAGAAAACUACCUGCUGCAAAGGCUCUUCGAGUGCUACGAGUCCAACGGGAAGCAGCGCCUGGUGGACCGGUACAUCUACAACCGCGAGGAGUUCCUCAACUUCGACAGUGACCUGGGCCAGUACGUGGCGGUGACCGAGCUGGGACAGCCCGAAGCCGAGGAAUGGAACCGUAUCCCGCAGAUCCUGCAGCAGGCACGGGAGGAGGUGAACCGGGUUUGCAAGCACAACUACGGGCUGGACCAGAAGUUGGUCCUGAAGCACUUAGCCAAGCCAAAAGUAAGCAUCUACCCAUCUAGGGCUUGGCCCCUGCUGCACCCCAAAAUGCUGGUCUGCCACAUAACAGACUUCUACCCUCGUAACAUUGAAGUCCGCUGGUUCCUGAAUGGAAAGGAAGAAAGCUCAAAGAUUGUGUCCACCACUCUGAUCCGUAACGGGGACUGGACCUUCCAGAACCUGGUGAUCCUGAAAAUAAGACCCCAGCAGGGAGACAUUUACACCUGCCAAGUGGACCACCUCAGCCUGGAUUCCACAAUCUCUGCAGAGUGGACUUUUUCCCCACACAAGCCCCCUGAGACUAGUUCCAAACUGGGCAGUCUCUGGUCUAGAAGCUACUGA